AUGGAGAAGGAACGCGAGAACCACGUCUACCUUGCUAAGCUCGCGGAGCAAGCCGAGCGCUACGACGAGAUGGUUUCAUCCAUGAAGGAUGUUGCCAAGCUCGACGUCGAGCUGUCCGUUGAGGAGCGCAACCUCCUCUCCGUUGGCUACAAGAACGUCAUUGGAGCUCGCAGGGCUUCAUGGAGAAUCAUGUCUUCUAUCGAACAGAAGGAGGAGAACAAGGGCAACGAACAAAAUGUGGCGAGGAUCAAGGAGUACAGGUCUAAGAUUGAGGCGGAGCUUUCCGACAUCUGCCAAGACAUCCUCAACAUCAUUGACAGCAAUUUGAUCCCCUCAUCUGGCACUGGGGAGUCGAAGGUUUUCUACUAUAAAAUGAAGGGUGACUACUACCGCUACCUCGCGGAGUUCAAGACGGGCGCUGACAGGAAAGAGGCCGCUGAGCAGUCGUUGAAGGCGUACCAGUCAGCUUCCGAGGUCGCAACUGUCGACCUUGCACCUACCCACCCCAUCCGCCUCGGUCUUGCCCUGAACUUCUCUGUGUUCUACUACGAGAUUUUGAACUCACCAGAGAAGGCCUGCCAAUUGGCCAAGCAAGCCUUUGACGAGGCGAUUGCCGAGCUUGAUACUCUGAGCGAGGAGUCGUACAAGGACAGUACCCUCAUCAUGCAGCUUCUUCGUGACAACCUGACGCUCUGGACAUCUGAUCUCCAGGACGAAGCCGCCGCCAAGGAUGAGCCUGCCGAGGAGAAGAAGGAAGAGAAGCCUGCUGACGAGUGA